AUGGCUUGGUUCCUGUAUCUGUGUGUAUUUUUGGUGGUGGGCCUGGUUUUGUUAGCUCUGCAGUUGAAGCUCAGAAUGUCCGCACAUGGCCCCCAGGAGCCCCCUCAUCUCCCAGCACUGCCUCUGAUCGGUAGUCUGCUCAGCCUGCGGAGCCCGCACCCCCCUCAUGUGCUUUUUAAAGAGCUGCAGCAGAAAUACGGACAGACGUACUCUCUGAUGCUGGGCUCCCACUGUGUCAUCGUAGUCAACCAGCACACGCACGCGAAAGAAGUCCUGCUGAAGAAGGGGAAGAUAUUCGCCGGAAGACCAAGAACUGUGACCACAGACAUUCUGACCAGAGAUGGGAGAGACAUUGCAUUUGGAGACUACAGCGCUGCCUGGAGGUUCCACAGGAAGAUCGUGCAUGGAGCUCUGUGCAUGUUUGGGGAGGGCUCUGCCUCCAUCGAGAAGAUCAGUGAGUACACAGGACUCCUCUGGUCACAUGAUGCUUCAGACAGCUUUACUGAGAAGUCUAAAAGGGAGUUUUAG